GUCAUCUCUGAUGACGUUUGGAGAGAAAAAACAGGAAACUGUGUAGAAACGAAAAGUUGGAGACGGUUUCAGGUCAAAGGUGGGUACGAAAUAAGAAUAUAAAUGCUCUCGGGGACGUAGUCACUACUGUACCGCCGCUGUUGUUGAUGAGGACGCGUCUUUCCCGUCUCCGGUUCUGCUUCUGUCCCGUCCUCCGCAGAUGGCUUGCAUUGACAGCAAUAAAGGGAGUUUGGAGGAGGACAGCUAUGAAGGAGCUGUUGGCGGAGAGCUGUCAGGCUGUGCGCUGGCGAUGAUGGAAAAGGAACGGGAAUCCCUUCUCAGCCCUUUGGAGAGCCCCGGCACCUUGAUCAGCAGCAACUCCUCUAGUCUUCAAGCCUCUACUCCACUCCAGGGCUACGACGUGGAGUUUGACCCACCCCUGGAGAGCAAAUACGAGUGCCCUAUCUGCCUCAUGGCUUUGAGGAAUGCCAUUCAAACACCCUGUGGCCACCGUUUCUGCAAGAACUGCAUUGAGAAAUCCAUUCGUGACACGGGACAGAGGUGCCCCGUGGACAAUGAAAUGCUGUCAGAAGAGCAGCUGUUUCCUGAUAACUUUGCCAAGCGUGAGAUCCUAUCGCUAACCGUUCGCUGUCCAAACACUGGCUGCGCUGAGAAAAUGGAGCUCCGACAUUUAGAGAAUCAUUUGGCCCGCUGUCAGUUUGCCACCGUUCCUUGCCUGCAAUGCCAGCAGUCUGUGAGAAAGAGCCAUCUAGAGGAGCACAGAACCGUGGAGUGCCAAAGGAGACCUGUGUCUUGUCCAGAUUGUGUGGCAAGCUUUGUUUACGAGGAGAGAGAGCUCCACGAACAGCAGUGUCCCUUUGCCAACGUGACCUGCCAGUACUGUGAGAUGGAUCUCAUCCGAGACCAGAUGGAAUCUCAUUGUGAUACGGAUUGCCCAAAAGCACCCAUCGCCUGUAACUUCAACAUCUUUGGAUGUAAGGAAAGGAUGCAGCGCCACAACCUCGCCCAGCACAUGCAGGAGUUCACCCAGAUGCACAUGCGCUACAUGGCGGAGUUCCUGCGCGGCUUUAGCAUUAACGGCACAGCACCCAAAUCUCUGUGGACGCUAGGACCUUCUGUUUCCCCCGAUGACCAAGGAGCGGCGGCGGCAGCAGCAGCGGCGGUGCCAGCCUGUAGCGGACCCAGAGCAUCUGCGAGCUGCACCAGCAACUCCACCCCGUGUCAGUCUAACGAAGAGAUGCAGAGGCUCAGGGAGAUGGACGGACGGUUGGUAAAGCAGGAUCACCAGCUGCGCGAGCUCAUCAUCUUAAAAGAGACACAGGCUGGUCAGCUCGCUGAGCUCAGGCGUAGGGUGUCAAUGCUGGAGGAGACGGUGAGGGAGCUCGAGUCCCAGCAGUGUCACGGUAUCUUCAUCUGGCGCCUCAAAGGUUUCUCUGUCCACCUGCGGAACCAAGACGCGGGCGUGCCGGUGGUCGAGCACAGCCCGGGUUUCUACACGGGUCGUCCAGGCUACAAGUUGUGCCUGCGCUUACACCUGCAGACCCCCAACGCCCCGCGCUGCUCCAACUAUAUUUCCCUCUUUGUCCACACCAUGCAAGGAGCUUUUGACGGGCAGCUCACCUGGCCGUUCCAGGGCACCAUCCGCCUUGCCAUCCUAGACCAGGGCCCUGAAGCUCAGCACCACAUGGAGGUGAUGGAGACUAAACCGGAUCUGCAAGCCUUCCAGAAGCCGACCAUCCAGCGCAACCCCAAAGGAUUUGGCUACGUCACCUUUCUGCACCUGCAUCAGCUGAGUCAGAGAGCCUUUGUUAAAGAUGAUACUCUACUUAUCCGCUGUGAGGUGACGCCGCGUUUUGACAAUAUGAUUCACCGCGAGGGACCGGCUGUGCAGCCUAGAGGACCUGAAGCCUCGGUUUCAAGGGACUAAAUUUAUACACGUAUCUAUUAGAUCAUCAUCAUCAUGCUGAGAUGUCAGUACAGUAUGCCUGUAUUUAUGUCGACGUCAAUGGGAUUUCUGUUUUAAUAAAUAUAUACAGUACAUUUCAUUUAAGUUAAUUUAAUUAAGUAUGUACUCUCCCACAUGGUACCAGCAUACAGUACGCCCAAUAAUAUUGAAUCAGCUCAACAUUAAGAAGUGCAUUUGCUGCCUGCAGACUGAAUUUUACUACAGGACUUCGCUCUCUUGGUCUGAUUGUUGGAGUCAUUGCUAAAUGUUAAAGAUACCCUGUGGAUGGUACUGUGGAGCUAUGUGGGUCAUGUGAUACACUUUCAAAAUGACUGCAGAGCAUAGUAAUGAAAAUGAAUUCAAUUUUCAAAAGAGCUGGACUGUCCUAGUGUCCAAAGUUGUGAUGUACUUGGGUCCAAAAAGAAAUGGCUGUUGAAGUUUGAGACAUUAGUCCAACAAUAUAAAGCCUGUGCAGUGACUCUGACAGUACAUUAUUUUCCUUUUCCCCCCACAGACAAAGAUCCUAAGGUGCGAGUGAAUGAAGAUAUUUGAAGAAAUUUAUUUCUGUGUAUGUGCCAGAUGAGCAACUUUGAUUGGUAUGAGUAGGGUGCUAUCUUAUAACACGGUAUCUGUUUCAUUUAAUAUAUCUUUGGGUGAAACAAUAAGCAGAGGAGUGUCGUGUGAACUGCAGAAGGUUGAAUCAGCCAAAAAAAACAA